AUGUCCCUCGCUUCAGGCCGGUCUGACGCUCUUUCGCGUGCGCGUGACUUUGAUAACUACGCAUCUUCCUAUGCUUUUCAGGCUACAGUGGUACUGGCCCUGGUGGCAGUAGUUCUUGCGGGAGGCUACGGGGGCUAUGGUGGUACCAGCAGGACCUACAGGAAGCAAGAUGACUCCGGCCACUACGGCUUCGGCUACGACAUCAACGGCUACGGCGCCGCCAGCGGCCGCCACGAGACAGGCUCCGCAUACGGAGGCGUGCAGGGCUCCUACUACCUGCAGGACGCGGACGGACGUCAUCGCCGCGUGCACUACGUGGCUGACAAGCAGGGCUUCCGCGCCGUCAUCAACACCAACGAGCCGGGCACAAAGAGCAGCAUUGCGGCGGCUGCGCCGUACCACUCGGCGUACGGCAAAGCCGUGCCCGCUUACGGUGUCGGCGGGCACGGUGGCUACCAUGGCUAGGCGGUAGCCUUCGUCUCUCAACACCUUCGUGGUUGACGCUUCUGCUGUCAUUCACAGUAAUCGAGCAAUCCAUGGUAUCCAGUGGUGACGUCCGGUUGAAACAGCGGGCUAUAAUAAAGAGUUAUACCUGC